GUCUGAAUGCAAAACAUACCGUCAUAAAAAUAGAGCAGCUGGGGAGCCCCCUCUGCACGUCCUGGCGGUGCCGCUCCGACCCUCGCGCUCACGGCUCAUCCCGGGAUAACGGCUCCGCUCGCGCCGGCGGCCCUGAGGCGUUUGGCUGCCCGGAGAGCCUUCCCUGCCUGCUGUAGUGCCCUGGUGGUGAAUUCCCCCCCCUCCUUCUCUCUCCUUUUAACUGGAGGAAGCAGAUUUCAUCAGUUCCCUUCUGGUCAAUGCUUUGUAAUUGUCCAACGAGAAAGAAGUAAUGAUUUAAUGUCCUAAAUGCACAAACAGCAACGAGACAAUAGUUGAGCAAGGACUUGCUGCUUUAAAAAGAAGCGAGAAGCCUCUGAGGUUCUAGGAACAGAUGAGGAUAAUAUGGGGGAUGGCUGCUCUCAAAAACUGGCUUCUGCCAAGUUCCUGCGACUUUUGCUUCUAAUUCUGAUUCCAUGCAUCUGUGCCCUUAUCCUUUCGCUGGUUAUUCUGCUUACCUUUUUAGGGUUAUUAGAAAAAACAUGCUUUUAUUCAAACGGGAGUGAGGUCCUCGCAGUUAAUGGUGACAUUGAAACGUCUAGCAUUCUUUUGCCAAAAAUGGCUGAAAACAAUUCCAAGACUCAUCCCACAGUGGAUAUCAGCACAUGGACUCCCUCCUGGACCACCACGUCUUUAUCCCAAGUUGGCCAAAUGGACACAAACUCAAAUAUGUUUAGAGAGACUUUACAGGAAAAUGCAUUUACACCUACAUCUCCAGUAUCAGUACUCGAUCCUGAUCUUACAAAUGAUGAUGCUUUAUCAGAGGACUCCAAAUACAGCACUCAGUUUUUUGCCACUACAGAGGGAGAGCCAUCGUGGUCCACAGAUUUGUUCUCUAACAUCACAGAGAAGAUGAUCACUUUACCUGUAUUAAGUCCUACUCAUCCAUCUGUGUCACAGCAAAAGGAGCAGAAAGAAAGUGUCUGCAUAAAUAUGACCAACAGCCAGUGCCAAAUGCUGCCGUAUAACUACACGACUCUAACUUCAGUUCUUUCCAUUGUCAAAAGUAUUGAAAUGGAAAAGUUCCUGAAGUUCUUCAGUUAUCUCAGUCGUCUCAGCUGCUAUCAACACAUCAUGCUGUUUGGCUGUAGUCUUGCUCUUCCUGAGUGCAUCAGCAAUGGUGAUGACAGUUGAGUUAUUUUCGGGAUUACAGCUUACCUUCUAGAACCGAAUAGCAGGCAAACAAGUAUCCUUUUAAUGCAAGUGUAAUGAGUUCAAUAAAUAUCAUGUCUUUAUUUUAGAUGUGAUUUCCUGUAUUUCUGCCCACUGA